ACUAAUAAUUGUUGUACCAAAUAAUAAUUGUAGGCGGCCGUUGUUUGAUACGUUCAUCAUUGAAUUCGGGCCACCGUUUCGGUUUAUCAGUACGUCAUAAUAUCGUGUCACUAUUAAUUCGCGCGUUCACACUUAUACAAUGUCGAGAAUUCAUAAACGUAAACAAACGGUGUGGACGAAACCGGUCGUCAUUUCAAAACCAUUCACUAACCUACCAUUAAUCAGUGUUAUUGCUAGACGUGUUAAUUUACACUUUGUACUACCUACUGCAGUAUUAUAGCGUGUUUGUUUUCGUAUUGGCGGUACAUUCAGAGUUUCAUUUGUCUUAGUGUUGAUCACUGUCCAUUUAAUUCGUAUAAAAAUAUAAUAUCAAUUGAAUACUAUAGGUAUUUAUAGUGUCAUUCAUGUAUAAUUAGGUAUUAAAAAAAAAAAAUUAUACACAUUAUAUUAUUUGUUGUCGAACGCUGAAGAAUAGAAAAUUCUGUACAAGUUCUCGCGACGUUUUAUUUUUUCUAUUAUAAUUUUUUCUUUUAUAAUAUCACUGCGGCGAGUCACGUAAAAAUAAAAAUAAAUUUUUUAUCGCACUUUAUACUGCACUACGAUGUCUCUAAAAUCCAAACUAACGUUGAGGGAUGAUAAAAUUGCUUCCCCGUUGGUGUCACCAAAACUCGCCAGAUGUAAUUUGUCGGAUUGUGAAUUGAUGUGCUUUUUUAAUACGGAAAAACAUAGAAGCAACGCAAGGGAAAACUCUCACAGAAUUUUCGUCAACAGGAGUCUGCACCUGGAGAACAUCAAAUUCUAUGGAUUCGACAUGGACUAUACGUUGGCCGAGUACAAGUCGCCGGCCUACGAGAGACUGGGAUUUGCACUGGCUGUCGAAAGGCUCGUGUCGCUCGGAUAUCCCUCUCAGAUUUUGCAGUUCGAGUACGAUCCCAUGUUCCCGGUGAGGGGCUUGUGGUUCGAUUCGUUGUACGGCACUUUGCUCAAAGUGGAUUCCUACGGUAACAUACUUGUCUGCGUACAAGGAUUUGAGUUUUUAAAACAUUCUCAGGUAUAUGAGUUGUAUCCCAACAAAUUCCUGCUCCUUGACGAGUCUCGCGUCUACGUGCUCAACACGCUGUUCAACUUACCCGAAACGUAUUUGCUGGCCUGUUUGAUCAACUAUUUCACCACUUCGCCAAACUACUCAAGGGAAAAAACCGGAGUACGCAGUGGCGAUCUGCUGAUGUCGUUCAACUCUAUAUUCCAGGAUGUGAGGAACGCCGUGGACUGGCUGCACGUACAUGGUGAUUUGAAAGAAAGAACUAUUCAAAACUUAUCCGACUACGUCAACAAGGACGCGAGGCUGCCUAUGUUCUUGGCGAGGAUCCGGCAAAGUGGUGCCAAGGUGUUUUUGUUAACCAAUAGCGAUUACUGGUUCACCAACAUGAUAAUGACGUAUUUGUUCGAUUAUCCGCACGGAGCUUCGCCCAGCGAACCACAUAGAGACUGGCAAACGUACUUCGACAUAGUGGUGGUGGAUGCCAGGAAACCGCUAUUUUUCAGCGAAGGCACGAUCCUGCGGCAAGUAGACACCAAAACCGGAGCUCUAAAAAUGGGCACACACAUCGGGCCUCUGCUAAAAGGCCAAGUAUAUUCAGGAGGCUCUUGUGAUAUUUUCACCAAGCUUAUCGGUGCCAAGGGAAAAGACGUCCUAUACGUGGGUGAUCAUAUAUUUGGGGACAUCCUCAAGUCAAAAAAGAUACGUGGUUGGAGAACAUUUUUAGUCGUCCCCGAGUUGGUACAAGAGCUGCACGUUUGGACAGAUAAAUGUCAGCUGUUUGCAGAAUUGCAAAAUUUCGAUAUAGCUCUGGGAAACAUGUACAAGAAUUUAGACAGCAGUACCAACGAAAAGCCCGACAUUUCAAAACUGAGAAUGGCGAUGCGCGACGUUACCCAUAAAAUGGACUUGUCAUACGGAAUGAUGGGUAGUCUCUUCCGAUCGGGGUCCAGACAAACCUUCUUCUCGUCGCAGGUCACGCGAUAUGCAGACUUAUACGCAGCGACGUUUUUAAAUCUAAUCUACUAUCCAUUUUCCUAUAUGUUCCGAGCACCGGCUAUGCUGAUGCCGCACGAGUCCACGGUGGCACACGAACACGAACAGAGACUGAGUAAAGAAGAUAACGCGGCAACUGCUGCGGCGACAUUGAAGACUGUCAGCGAAACGGUGAUAAAUGCCAGCAAAACUAUCACCACCAACGCUGUAGACGAGAUUCGUGUUUUCCCGAUCACAGACUCAGAUGCUGCAGGGCACGAACACGUUCAGCACCCAAGUGCCGUCGUCAGUGACGCACACACACGACGAAGACUGUUCGGACGAAGAAGAAGUGCUCGAGACCAAAAAAUAACCGACCAAGACAACGAUAACAAUAACUAUUAUAUCUUAUAAAUUAUAAUAUUAUUUUUUUGUAAAUUUUUUUUCCCCCCAAUCGCGUCUUAACACACACACACCACCCCACAUAUACAAACUAUUAUUUCUAUUUACACAAUUAUAUUAUCAUUAUGUUUCUAUUA